UGUGCUUACAUAACAGAAAGGGACUAGGGAAAGUAUCUAUUAAAAUUCUUCGUAGGCCUACUUCUUUUGCAACAAUUUAAGGGUGCAGAUAUGAUUAUAUCACCAUGUUCUUGUAAUAUAGCAGAUCUUGCAUUAUCUCAUGUCUGCAGAGACGAAAUACAUCUUGCAACAUGGUACAUCUUGCAAUCAAGUUUGAAGGAAAAAUACACUCAAAGAAAUCCAUAACAUGUAAAGGCAAAAUCAUGUAACAGAAAGGCAUAAAAAGGAUCUAGAAUUCAUAGAGAAAAAUUAAUAAGAUUCACAACAACAACAAAAAAUUAUAAAAAAAAUAAAAGACAUUACUCAAUCAUUACUCAAGACAUAUACAUAUAAAUGAAAUUUCUAGAUGCCACCAGUUUACCUCAUCCAAACUAACUCCAUGUUCAAAGGCUUUAGCAUCGAGCACAGACAUGUUCUGAGGGAGGACGCGUAUAGUGAACCAAAUCUGCCUCCCCCCGUGCUGUUUUUUUUCCCCUCCUCAGCCUUUGUCAACUGUGGUUUUGAGGGAAGGGGAUGAAUAUUCGCAUAGGGCUGUCUACGUUUUACUUAAUCUGGGACCGACUGGCAGUCACACCUCUCUUCAGUCUUCUCCUCACGACGAAAUAUCCGUCCGGUGUUUCGCGUUUAGUCACAGAGAGAUGUCUGAGGAUGCGCAUCAAUACCUUAUUCAUCCGUUGUCUCUCCACGGAGCCCGUCUUUGAAUGUUUUACCCAGAGCAUGAAUGGAGCUGCUUGAGGAUAUACGACCUUUUCAUCGGUUUUAAGGAAGCAAGGAACCCCUCGACAUCUGAACACAUGAAUUAAAGCGAUGAAACGUCUAUGACGGGCGUUACGGGACGAGUACGCAAAGCCAUCGCGGCAUAUGGUGAUUUUUUUUCUUUUGUUUAAAUUUUCGUCAUGUUCUCGUACAGCUUUAUAUGAGCUGCAUCUUUGUCGGUAGGAUCAAAUCGGACUGCAUCAUCUAAAUGAAGUUACCCAGCCAUGCAAUGUUCUUGGAAGGCUGUGAUUCUGCUUGCAUUGGUGUCCAUAGCGAUCCAAUACACAGCAAUCAGGACUUUCACAGCUAAGCCUUUUCAUAUGUGUCCUGUUCCUAACCCUUUGAACUGUGGCUUGGGACAGGACGUGGAGUCCUUCGAUCGGAUGUGUGAUGAGUACCCGUAUUUUAAUUACAAUUCCUCCAGGAAGACUCACAUCCUCAUCUUGGCGACCACCCGUAGCGGCUCCUCUUUCGUUGGACAGUUGUUCAACCAGCACUCAGAUGUGUUUUAUCUUUUUGAACCACUCUAUCAUGUCCAAACGACCUUAAUCCCUCACCUUUCUCCCAGCAGAUAUGCUGUUGAGCGCAGAGUGAUGCUGGGAGCCAGUCGUGACCUUCUUAGAAGCUUGUACAACUGCGACUUGUAUUUCUUAGAGAGUUACAUCAAACCGCAGCCGGCAAACCAUACCACGGAUAAAGUCUUUCGACGAGGAGCCAGCAAAGCCCUCUGCUCUAUGCCGGUCUGUGAUGCCUUCAGCCCCAAUGAUGGUAAUAUAGAAGAGGGGGAUUGUGUUCGAAAGUGUGCCUCCCUUAACUUGACCCUAGCUACCGAAUCGUGUCGGGAAAGACGCCACGUGGCCAUUAAAACAGUGCGUAUUCCAGAGGUCAACGAUCUUAAGGCACUGAUUGAGGACCCUCGGCUUAAUCUGAAAGUUAUUCAGCUGGUGAGGGACCCGCGUGGAAUAUUAUCUUCGAGGAUUGAAACCUUUCGGGACACAUACCGCCUAUGGCGGAUCUGGAGAGCCACAGGCCGUAAACCCUACAACUUGGAUUUGACUCAGCUCACAACAGUGUGCGACGACUUUCUGAACUCAGUGUCCACAGGCUUAAGCCGGCCGCCGUGGCUUCGAGGACGGUACAUGCUGGUGAGAUACGAGGACCUAGCCAGGAAUCCGCUCCAAAAAACCAAGGAGGUUUAUGAAUUCCUUGGUCUUUCUUUGGAAAAAAGUGUGGUGGACUGGAUACAUAACAACACAAGAGGCAAUAACGACGUGUCAGCAAAGCAUAAGUACGGCACAUUGAGGGACUCGGCGGCCAACGCAGAGAGCUGGAGGUUGAAAUUGUCUCAUGACAUAGUUGAUUACACACAAACUGUUUGUCAGCACAUUUUAGAUGAGCUCGGCUACAAAGCUGUCAACUCCCCCGAGGAGCUGAAAAACAUGUCGCUCUCUCUCAUUGAGGACAAAACCUUCAUACCUUUUUUGUAACAAAGGUAAUCAUGUGCACGCACAACUAUUUUUCUACAUUUAUAUUCUUGCCUUAAUGUGAUUGACAUUUGCACUAUGAACCUUUUUUACUUCGGAGACUCCCUCGCAGUCACCCUAUGAUUUUCUGAACAGCACAAGAACCAAAACACUUAGCUGUAAAGAGAUCUCAACUUCACCUUGAUUGCAGCAAUUGCAUUGAGAUAGUAAUGUUCAUUAUUUAUAUAUUAGAGCAGAGCACCACACUAUUGACAAAGAAAUUCUGUAUGCUGGUCAUUGCUUUGACAACAGUGAAUGUGAAGAUUUUGUUGGUCAAAGAACCCAGACUAUUCUCAAGAAAAACUUUCUUUAAUGUGGGACUUAAAUGCUGUCAUGUAUAAUAACAGCCGUGCAAUAAAAUUGUGAAUGUCACAGUCAGACUAUUUCUCAGGUUGUUUCUCAGUGUAAAGUCUUGUCUGCCACAGAGUUUUUGGGGUUUAAGCUUGUGUUUGGUUUGCUUUUAGAAUGCAUAAUGCAUUGGUGCUGUAUCCGGGUAAAAAAAAAAAAAAAAAAGAUAAUCUAAAGCAAAAUAAUGCACUUCAGUUUGCUUGCUUUAGGUGGUUAAUAUGACUUACAAAUAUAUUGUAAAAAAAACAAUUAUUGCUGUUACAUCACAAUGAUAUGAAGGUUUUUGUUAUAUUUUGCUAAAUGCCAUGAUACUACUUCAGAAAACUCCAAUGCAAUCCAAGUUUUUAGAGUUUACAGUUUGGUAGUUUAAUGUAAUUUAGAGAUUUUCAUAUGUAAUGCAUGAAAUGAUUCAUUCUUUAGUGGCUGUCCUCAUUAUCAUAUCACUAAUUUCCAUUGAUUCAGUGCAUAUAGAUUUGUAUUUAGUGUCCAUGGAAAAAAUGUUUGGCUCAAUGUAUGUGAAAGAGACUUUUGCUAUUUUUGAAACCUUAAUAAAUGUAGAGAAGCAUAAAUAAGAUGUAA